AUGUCAGACCGGUCUUCGGCUGAUAAAAAGCGUGACCGGGAUCGUCGUGCGCAGCAGAACCUGCGCGACAAGAAGUUACGCCACACAGCUAAACUCGAGUCACAAGUGGCCCACUGUGAACAAUAUCACAAUGACACUGGAGUGAAAACCCUCCUUGGGGUCAUUGACGGCCUUCGGAGACAGAAUGAAAUACUCGUGGCACGACAAAAGGCCCUGAGAUCGGUAGUCAAUUCAUGGGAUGGAAAGUUAGAAGAGACGGGCCCUUCCGACUCGCCAAUGACUCAAGACUCGAAUACUGAACAACCCGGACACUCUUUCCCACAAGAAAAUUACGUACCAGGAGGAUCUAAUUCCUUGGAUAUGGCGGAUCAUCUGGCUUGCUCAAUGGCCCACUCGACUUCACCGACGUCGUUGCCGCAAACCCCUCAGGCCCACCCGAUAAAUCCCAGCUCACCUUGGAAUAAGCUUCCUCUUUACUCCGACAAUCUCUCCAACAUUGAGACGUCAUCCCUUCCGUGGCUUGCAUACCCAGAUAUGAUCGCUCAGUGCCCCGAUACGCCUGAAUCGCCACUUGAUAUAUUGUAUGGUAGCAGGACCAACAUGUUAGCAAACGUGAUCCAUACCUUCAUCGAAAGACGACCGGUGCGUGACCCAGAGAGACUAGCAAUGGGGCUGAUAAUAUACCACUUUUCGAAAUGGAUAAUCGAACCAAGUCCAAAGACUUUCGCAAAAUUGCCCACAUUCACCCAUCCCCUCCAGGAACAAUUUGAGAUUGAGCACCCCAUCGCAAUAAGCUCUCUUCCAUAUCCAAAAUUGAGAUCAAAUCUGGUGCGUCAAUGGCCGCUCUAUGAGAAUAAUCGGGAUGAAUUAUUUGGGCUCUUGGCGUGUUCUGUUAAGAUCCGAUGGCCGUGGGGCGUGAAGAUUCUUGAUCGUGACGAAGACAAUCAGAUCCGCAUUAAACCGGCGUUUUAUGAAACGUUCAUGAAAGAGGAAGGUUGGGGUAUUAUGCAGGAGUUUAUAAAUAAACACCCCAACCUCAUGGUUGGCGUUGAUGUUGGUUCGCUUGUUUUCAACAUAGUGUGA